ACGCGAUACGAUUGGAUGCUUGUCGGUAAAAGGACUGCGCGAAAACCCGGUGCCGGUACCACGCGUUUUUUCUCGAGAAUUAUUCACAGUUCCUUAAAGUUUCCAACCUCACCCCCAAAGCACACGGAUACAAUAUUGCGAUUUUAACAGAGUCAUUCAGAAAGGAAACUUCUAGAGCUGUCAAAAAUAAAUUGUUAAAAUAAUUUUAAAUCUGAUGUUAAGAAAGGGUUGGAAAAUUCAAGUCUGCUAAAAAUCAGCCUCUGCGAAAAAAAGUCGCUCGGUGCGACCGAGCUGGUUGCAUCGAACACGAAACUUAACUGCUUCUUCUCUUCCUCGCAAGUUCUCCCUAUUAAGCACGUGGAUUGUCAAACACGUGUUCGAUCAAAGUUCCCGCGGUAAUUUGUAAUACAUUUGUUCAAUUUCCAUUGUAUUUAAGUGAGUUUAGAAUAAACAAGUGAGAAAGUGUUUCUAAAAAUAAAAAGGUGGCUUAAAUGAUCCGAUCAUUGAUAGUAAAUGAUCGAAAUAAGUGUCCCUCUUUUGUGAGAAAACCCCUUGCGUUCGCCAUGUUCUCCUGAGAGGUGGUUUCGAAUUAGUGUACACAGGUGGCAAAAUCGGUAUCAAGAAUUGUUGAACGUUGAAACAAAGGAUAGCAAGGGCUGGGAUAAUGUAACUGUGCGAAUUGAAGUUCGUCAAGGCUAAGCUGACGAAGAUGUCGAGAGAAUCGAGGGUGGUUUUGGUACCAAUGUUAGUUUUUUUGGCCCUGGGAUUCCUAGUGGUCGAAUGUAGGCAUCAUCAGGACAGUUCUGAGGUGGUGCAUCGUCACAGGCACAGGCACGAACCAUCAUCGCGAUGGCAUCACAAGUACCCACCAAGAAGAUUCUCCUCGUCCUCCUCCUGGAACGAGAAUGAGAAUGAAGACUACGAGGAUGUAGAAGAUGAGUCCGAGGAAGAAUAUGGUCUGGACACUUACGAUAGAAGCUUCUCGUCCAAGAAGGCCCACCGGGGCAGGCUCGAUUCCCGGCCUUCUAGGCCCUAUUACCGUAGUACCCACCAUGGUAUCAAGUACGCCGAGAGGCACAGGAAUUCCCGCUAUGGUGGUACCAGGGAAAAGAAUCACAAAAUUCGUCCUAGCAGAGACAGGACGUAUCACAAGGGACACUCCUUGGAUUAUGAUGAUGAGGAGGAAGUAGACUACUAUAACGACUAUGACAAAUAUAAUCGUUAUGAAGAUGAUAAGGAUUAUCUGAAUGAGAGUGAAGAGUAUUACAACAGGAAAAAUGUUCGCAAGCACAGGCUUGAUGAUUAUGAGAGUCAAGAUUCCAAGGAUCAGAGAGCUCAUCAGGAUUCGAGGCGGGACUGGAAGUCGAAAAACUCGAUUCGUAAGGACGAGAGAAGAGAUCGUAGGCGAAAAUUCGGCACCAGUUAUCGAGGUGUCUCAAAGAACAGGUUCCACGAUGACUCUGAUGAGGAUGACGUCGAUGAGGAAUUAACAGGAAAUGGUAGAAGAAAGUUCUUUAAAGAAAACGGCACUGGUUUGUUCGAUUACGAUGAUGAUCUAGAUGAUUUCUUUGAUGAAGAAGAGAAUGAUGACAAUGAAGAAACAAGAUCUUCGAAGGACUAUGAAAAGGAAGAGAAAUCAGGAAAUGAUAACAGCGAUGAGCUGGAUAAUGAUUUUUACAAAAACGACGUCAAGCCUCCUCUGAAAACUUAUGAUGAUAUUAUCAGAAGAUUGACGUCUGAGGAUCCAACAACCCCGAAGCCGACGGUUCGACGAGACUAUAGAAAUAUAGAGAUUGGAAAGUACCUUAAGCGUGACGCCUAUGGUAACUUGAAAUAUGAAUCAAAAAACCUUUCAAGAUCUGACCUUGACCCUGUAACCAUGACACCCUUUGCUGCUACCACUGCAAAAUCUUUACUUGAUAAUAUGGAAUCAAAUCCUCAGAAAGUAUCCAUUGCGGUAGAAUUUUCCGAUAAUAAAAACAACGUUGAAAAUAAAAAGAAAGUUAUUCCGGAAGUUGUGGGUGCUCAGGUGAAAACAAAAAGUUUGGAACAGGACUACGAGUACGCUGAUAACGAACAGGAGGAUGAUCCCAACGCGCAAGCAGAGAGCAAUAAUGCGGACUAUGGAGAAGACGAUAAUGAAGAAGAGGAAAGUAUCAUGUCUCCGACAACUACAACAACUUCUACAACCACACCAACUACCACCACCACAACAACAACAACAACAACAACACCAAAACCAUUUUUCGAUGCGCGGUUUCACCACAAAGAUCUUACAACAUACGGAGGAUCCACAGGAGUUCAAUAUAACGGAUAUCAAUCGAAAAAUGACUAUCCACCAAUGUCAGCUUACAGUAUGCAGAAAUGGCAGUACCUCGGCACUCGUGAGAGUGUCAAGGAGACAAGGGAUAAAUACCCAGAGUUCAGGAAUAAUGCAAAAUCGGCCGAAGCCAAAGAGGCAAUGCAGCAUGCCCGUAAGGUCUCGCGGGAGGGUAGCUGUCGAUGGCCUCGGGCCAGAGUUGUACCAGUUCGAGACGUCUACCCCAGUACAACAACCACGUACGUUCCACAUUGUGCAAUUCUGCACAGGUGCUCUGACGACACCGGAUGUUGUAGAUUGGAAUCCUACACGUGCGCACCAAAACAGUCUCAUCGAGUCGAGCUGUACUUUUAUACUACCAAUGUCGAGGGCGGCAGCGUCGUAGAAAAGCUGACUUUCUACAAUCACACAGAGUGUGAGUGUCGCGAGAGAAAUGAAUUUGAUACAAAAAAUGAAAAAUUGGCGGAAACAAGGGUCGCAAGGCAACAUACCCCGGUGUUUCCUCCUCAAACUCUUCGGAAGCCGCCAGUAAGGAAACCAUGCCGGUGUCCUUCUGAAUUCACACCGAAAAUUACUCCAGGCGGAGAGUGUCAAUGCAAAUGCUCUAAUAACGAUCAAAACUGCAUUAAAACUAGGCGUGGAAAAGUUUAUUUCUCAAUAGCAGACCGAUUGUGUAUUCAAAACGGAGACUGCAGCGCGCCAUUGUGCGAAUUCGGAGAUUACAUGAGACGUCAAGGAAAAUGUCCAAAAAAACAAGAUCAGGUUGAUCUGUUUUCAAAUUACCAAACGAAUCUACAUCACGGAUUCAGAAGUUAGAGAAAAAAGGAUUCAGCAUUGUCUGCAAGGAAAAAGAAGAAGAUGAUGAUCGUUAAGGUCACAUCGAUGGUGCCAUUUUUUCAUGUGCCUUUUGUCUGCAGAGACUGUAUAUUAAAUAUUAUCUGUAAUCGAGACCUCAAGAUAUUUUUUUUUUUUCAAUGUUUGAGCACGAAUUGAUAAUUCGAUUGCAGUAAUAUAUCACAAUGACAGCGGCCUGAAUAUCAUUACUAUAAUUAUUAAUAUCGAAAUUGUUUUACUUUCCCGCUAUGCAUAUCAAUCGCUAAUAAAAUUGAUAAAAUUUGUGUCUAAAUAUUUCGUAGAAACAAGACUUAAUUCAUGGUAAGAAAUUUUCUUAUCUGACUUAUAUAAGCAUAUGAAGGGACUUAGAAUAAUUUAGAAAUUGAGAAAUUUUGCCAACUUUUAUUAAUAAUAAUCUUUUUCGCCAGUGGGGAGAUAAGAUCCACAUAUAUGAAGCAUGGUGCGGUCUGUGAGACCGCACGUCCAUACUUAAAGGUUAAAUUCAGAAAUGUAUACUUGUAUUCAGAUAAUAUUUUCCUUAAUUUAAGUUCAUGGCUGAAUUUAAGGUUAAAUAUUAUUAACUUUUUCAAAUCUGAACAAAAUUUAAAUGUUAAAGAUUAAAGGAAAGUACUUCAGAAAGUAAAAGUUAAGACUUUAUAACUAAUGCUUUUGUCAAAAACUACUCUGGAAAAUUACGCUUCAACAUUAUAUCAAACAUAUUCAUUUACAGAUAGUUUUAUGUAUUAACUGGAAAACUUUCUACUUUUCCAAAUAUUGCAUUGGUGCUAUUGUAAUAAUUAUUAUUAUUAUGAUAUUAAAUACAUAUAUUAUAAAAAAUAAAAUCCUACAAAGAAUAUAACUAAAAUUCCAACAUUCUCAUAAGUAUGAUUUUUAAUUGUAUA